CGCUUUUGACAGUUUUGACAUUCGUAGGGUGACGUGUCAAUGGCAAUGGCCUAGGUUUGUUUUGUUUGUUUGUUUACUUUUCAUAAGAAUUAUAAAAUUCUGUAAAUGCUAACUGAAAACUGUUCUAAAAUGAGUAAUUUUAUGUAAUGUUACCUAAUGUCUUUCAGCCCAUUCGAAAAAAGUCUAAUUUCCUGAUGACAAACAUCAGAACAUUCAUAUUUUUAGAUUUAGAAACAACUGGAUUGCCCCAAUUCGAAAAUAAUAAAACUAAAAUUACAGAAUUAAGUUUAGUAGCAGUUCAGGAAGGUCAUAUAAGCUUGGGGGUUAUACCCAGGGUACAAAAUAAACUUAACUUGUGCUUCAAUCCAUGGAAGUUAAUAUCGCCUGAAAGUGAACAAAUUACAGGAUUAUCUAACUGUAUGCUCGAAAGUAUGAGUCCAUUUACCUCAAAGACAGUCGAUUGUAUUAAUUUAUUUAUUGAGCACAACCCGAGGCCUAUCUGUUUUGUUGCUCAUAAUGGAAAUCGUUUUGAUUAUCCAAUAUUACAAGCUUCAAUUAAAAAUACUAAUGCUGCUCUAAUAGACGAUAUUUACUGUAUCGAUUCACUAGAAAUGUUUAGAAAUUUAGAACUUAAUGACACAACAACAAAAUCAAAAAUAGAAAGCGAAACUAUUCCAACUAAUAGCACAGAGAGCUUUAUGUUUCAAGAUAAUUUUGAUGAUAUACUUUGUAGAGCAGUAGAUGAAUAUGAGCAAUCUGUUGAGAAGGCGCUAAAAGUUCAAAAAAUUAAUGAGACUACACCAAAAAGACCUAUUGAAAAUCCAAGCCAGAUCUCAAUAAGUCCCAGUUCUCAACAGAAUGAAAUAACAAGUAAAAAAGUAAAAGUUACUUCAAUAAGGAGACAAAUAAAUUAUGGGAGCACUAUUGCCGGAUCCUGUAUAACAAAAAUUUUAUUGAAUAGAAUCAGUUUUAAAUUGGUGGACGUGUAUGAAAGACUAACCAAAUGCAAGGCUGAAGGAGCGCAUAUGGCUGAUAAUGACGUAAUGAUGUUGUUAAUGUGUGCCGCUACACUAGGGGACAGAUUUGUAAGCUGGGCCAAUCAGAAUGCUCGAAAAUUUAACGAAAUAUCGCCGAUGACACCAGGGAAGAAAAUAGUCUAGUCAAAAUAUAUUUUAAACGUUUUUACACUUUUUAUUAUUGUAACAUUAUACAUGAUUUUAAUUAGACACAGGUUUUAUAUAAAUAUAUUUUUUGUUCCCUGAUAUAUUUUAUAGAUUGCUCGAUUUCCUACUGAUUAUUAAAA